AUGCUGCUGGUUCGAGUCCUGCUGCUGCUGCCGCUGCUCCUGCUGCUGCCACUGGCCGCCCUGUGGCAGCCGCGCUCCCAGGAUGCCAGCAGGCUGGCCUGGCUUAGAAGCCUCCAGCACCGUGUGGCCUGGGGGAUCCUGGGCUGGGCAGCAGCUUGGCAGCAGUGGCGACUGGAGCGAAGCACCCAGCGUGUGGGGCAGAGCCAGCAGCAGGCCUUGAGAUGGUGUCUUUGGGGAGCCCAGCGCCCCCACUGCCCACUCGCGGGGGACACAGAUCCGAGCACCUUCCGGAAUUGCCUCCCUCUGACCACGGUCAGCCAGCCCCAAGAGGAAGAAAGUGGAGGGCAGCUCCUGGCCCCCACCACAAGCCAGUACUGUGGGGAGGCCUUUCUGCAGGCUACUUUGCUGGGUCUGGCAGCCCUCAAAAGGGCACACCCAGAAGUGCUGGCUCCAGGAAGUAGUGCUUGUGUGACCCCCACAUCCCCCUGGCCCAGCCCUCUCCCAUGGCCUGUGCAUGUUCUGGGCCAUGUCAGUUCCCCUGGAACCAGGGACCCUAAGGCCCUGCUGCUGGAGGUUCUGAGGUGCCCCGAGCUGAGGGUGCUGGAGGCCAGGACCGCAGUGGAACUGCUGGAUGUCUUCUUGGUCCUGGAGGCUGAUGGGGAAGAGCUGGCCAAGGCAGUAGCUGCAGGAAACCCAGGAGUGGCUCUCCCCAGUCGGGCAGCAGAUCUACAGGAGGCCCUGCAGCAGGGACCCCGAGGACUGGCCCUCCGGCUCUGGCCAAAGCUGCAGGUGGUGGUGACUCUGGACUCUGGAGGCCAGACAGAAGCCAGGGCUGCCCUAGGAGCCUUGUGGUGUGAAGGGCUGGCCUUCUUCUCGCCUGCUUAUGCUGCUUCUGGAGGGGUAAUGGGCCUAAACCUGUGGCCGGAGCAGCCUCCAGGGCUCUACCUUCUCCCGCCUGGAGCUCCCUUCAUUGAGCUGCUCCCAGUCAAAGAGGAGGCUGACUCCACAAUCCUGCUGGACGAGGCCCAGGAGGGUAUGACGUAUGAGCUGGUGCUGACUGACCGCAGCACCCUGACCAGGUGCCGCCUGGGUGAGGUAGUCCAAGUGGUUGGUGCCUACAACGAGUGUCCAGUUGUCAGGUUUGUCUGCAGGCUAGGCCAGGCCCUGAGUGUGCGAGGGGAAGACAUUGGUGAGGAUGUGUUCUCUGAGGCCCUGGGCCGGGCAGUGGGCCAAUGGCCAGGAGCCAAGCUGCUGGACCAUGUCUGUGUUGAGAGCAGCAUUCUGGAUUCUUCCGAGGGCUCUGCCCCCCACUAUGAAGUGUUUAUAGAGCUGAGGGGGCUGAGGAACCUGUCUGAGGAAAAUCGAGACAAGCUUGACCACUGCCUCCAGGAAGCCUCUCCCCGCUACAAGUCGCUGCGUUUCUGGGGCAGUGUGGGCCCUGCCAGAGUCCACCUGAUGGGACGUGGAGCCUUCAGAGCAUUCCGGGCAGCCCUCACUGCCUCCUCCUGCUCCCUCUUCCCUCCUGAGAUGCCCCGGGUCCUUAGACACAGGCACCUGGCCCAGUUCCUGCAGAGGAGGGUGGUGUCCUGA